CACGCGAGUCUCGUUACUUUUGCUGCGUCCCAAUUUGCAUACUAUCCGUUCUAAAUAUCAUUAUGCCAAUGAUUCCCGGAUGGUCUACUACUUGAGAUUAAAAUUCGAAGUGCAGAUCGAGAACUACAAACACGCAUAAAAGCGUUCAAAAACUACAAAAAUGGCGUAUAUGCGAGACCAACGGACAACAGAGAAAGGGAUCUAUGUGACACUGUUAUAGAGAUGGCAUUUAUUAAAGAGGAGAGUGAAGACAUAACGAUUGAAGAAACAUUCAAAGUGAAACAAGAAGAUGCGGUGCAACAAACAAAGAUGGAUUUAAUUAAAGAGGAGAGAGAAGAAAUGGAGAUUAAAGAAAAAUUCAAAGUCAAACAAGAAGAUGCUGAGGAACAAUCAGAGCUAAACACUGCACUCCGGAAAUCCGGCACGGUGCCGGAUAACUUUAAGCCCUACCUGAUGACACUGAAAGAGGAGAGUUGUGAGCUCAGUAUUCAGCAUGAAAAAUAUGAUUUCCUGAAUGAAGAAAAAUCAUUUAGUUGCCCACAUACUGAAAAGACUUCACGAAAAAGGGCUCAAAAGACAGCAAAUGGAAAGCACUUCACCUGUCAACAGUGUGGGAAAAGUUUCACGAGAAAACAACAUCUUCAUGUCCACACGAGAGUUCACACUGGAGAGAAACCUUUCACCUGUCAACAAUGUGGAAAGCGUUUCAUGAAAUAUGAAAACCUUAAAAAACACACAAGAAUUCAUACAGGAGAGAAGCCUUACACAUGUUCUCAAUGUGGAAAAAGUUUUUCAUUUAAACAACACCUCAAUGACCACAUGAAAAUCCAUACUGGAGAGAAACCUUUCACCUGCCAACAGUGUGGAAAGAGUUUCACUAAAAAAGGAAACCUUAAAUACCACAUGAGUGUUCACACCGGAGAGAAACCUUUCACAUGUUCUCAAUGCGGAAACAGAUUCACUAAAAAAGGAACUCUUACAGCCCACACAAGAAUUCAUACAGGAAAUAAACCUUUCACAUGUUCUCUAUGUGGGAAACGUUUUAAUCGUAAUCAACAUCUCAAGGACCACAUACGAGUUCACACUGGAGAGAAACCUUUCACCUGCCAACAGUGUGGGAAGGAUUUUACUCAAAAAGGAAACCUUAGCAAACAUAUGAAGGUUCACACUGGAAAGAAGCCAUUUACAUGUGAUAAGAGUUUUGAAUAUAACAUAGCACUUUAACAUGUACAAUCACACCGGUGUGAUUAUUGCUCAGUGUGUCGUGAUUAACUGCUAAAUUCAGAUGUUUUUGUGUUUAACUGAUGCUUUGACAUGUUCCAUCGACAGACACUUCUGGACCCCAUGACCGUUUAAUGCAUAAACUGAUAAUCAAAUCUGUUAAAUCGGACAGAUUUACACUGAUGUUCCCCCGGCUCGACGACUCACAGGAUUGCCCCAGUGCGACUUUCUUGUUCUCAGGAUUUUCUUCUUUUCUCUACAUUACAGAAAAACGCGUUCUUCUCCUUUGACAGAUAAUAGAACAUAAAACUUAUAUUGAUGAUGUUCAAAAGACGGUCAUUUAAAAGUAUAAAAAGACCAACUAUAUUCACAAAUAAAAUGUUUGAUGUUUUGUAUAUGCUUUAUGUGUUUAUAAAUAAAAGCU